AUGGGCUAUGACAUGAAGCAAAUCGUCUCCCCCUUGUUUACCAAACGCAGGCAAAUAAUUUUAGUGACCUACGGCCGGAGCGGUUCCAGUCUAACCACUGACAUCAUCGCACAGAAUCCGGAUGUGUUUACCUACUACGAGCCGCUGCACAACUUGGCUAAGACGUUUACAAAUCAGCAGGACGAAUACAGGAAGCUUCGCGACAAGUACCUUCAUCUAACAAAGAUACCGGAAUACAACGCCAAAGCCGUGGACAUCUUGGAGCAGCUGCUGACGUGCGACUACGAUCGUCUGCCGGAAGAAGCCACUCAAAAUCAUCACAUGUCCUGGUACAGCACAGUGGACAUGUACAAGUGUCUAAAGACUAACACAGACGAAGCCGGCAAAGAGAAAUGUCUGAGUGAGGGGGAAGCAAGUUGCUUAGGGAAAAAAAUCCAAUUUAUAAAAGUUAUUCGACUCUCGGUCCAGUCAGUGGGUGACCUGAUGAAGAAGUACCCGUGCAUGAAGCUCAUCUACCUGGUACGUGACCCUAGGGGGAGCUACCUGUCCAAACAGCGCGCCUUCAACAUCAUCUCGUCCAACACAACCUACGAGGCGGAGAGGUACUGUCGCCGUGUCAGUGAGGAUAUUGAGGCUGCCAUGCAGCUGAAAACAACCUACCCGUCUCGUCUGUACCUCACGCGCUACGAGAACUUGGCGGAACAGCCGAGCUCGGCCUAUCAAAAACUCUACUCAUUCCUGGGAUUAAAUUUCACGAAACAAAUACAGGAGUUUGUUUACAAUCACACGCAGGCCGGAAAGAUGGACACUAACAUUUACUCAACGUCUAAAGGCAAUUCUUCAGAGGUCAGCUACGCUUGGAGACAGAAAAUAAAAUUUGAAGACGCCUCCAUAUUUGAUACUCAGUGUCGGGAAGUGUACUACAGAUUGGGUUAUCUCCCUGUCAACAGAGAGAAAGAUUUGAGACAACUGAAGAAAUCUCUUAAGUUCGACAAGAGUUAUCUUUCUUAACAUUAAAUAUACAAGAUGUUAGUAUUAUUUUAAAACAAAAUUCGCUAUUCUACACGUACGUUUCUUUACUACAUUAACAACAGUCAUAUUUGCUAGUUUUGCUACUUCUUUGUAGUUUCACAAACAUUU